AUGAAGCUCGCUGCCUGUGCUUUCGCCGCUGUGGCUGGUGGCAUGCGUCGCUCAGUUCAAGCCACCGAAUCAGAGCUCUGCAAGAGUGUGGGAAGCUUCUUCAAGCGGGAUCCCGUGAUGCACUCUUUAAUCACUUUAAUCCACUGCUCUGUUCUGGAUGUGAAGACAGUGAUCCAGACGGAAGUGGACGUCGAAGAUGGAAUACUGAAACGAUGGGGCUCUGGGACGCUCGCGCUGAAGCGCUGGCGCGCUGGAGACAUG